AACAACCAGUUUUGAACCCCCAUAAUCCUGUUCCUUUGCUUUUUCUGGCUUCUUAAUACCCUCCAAACAACCCAUUUCCUCAGCACAUAUCAACCCUGUAAUAACCAACAGAAUUCCUAGAAUUGCAUGCCUUAUACGUCGUCAUUUAAUAAAGCCUAGCCCUGCCUGCAAGGCUGCAAAUUAAAGCUUCCAAAAGUGUAUAUAUAUAGAUGUUCCAAAACUGGACAUCUACUCGUUAUGGAUCAUUAUACUCUAGGUGGAGUUAUGGAGAAUAAUAAUAAUAAUAACAACAAGGAGAAGUACUAUCAAGGUGAUUUGAGUGACAUAAUCCGUGCUAGUUAUGGUUAUUAUGGGAGCUACAACUCAGCAUCAUCUGAAGCUUCUUACAUGGUGGAAGACCCUCCUAUGAUGGCAAACUUUGGUGAUCCUUUCUCAAACUCGGGAGGAGAUCCCUUGCUACAUGAUAUGCCCUACUUUAACACUUUAUCUUUGGGACUGGAAGCUGCUACUUGUUUUGGUGGUAGCAGCAGUGGUGAUGCUUGUGAUGAUGAUGAUGAUGAUAUGAAAACGCCUUGUAUCAUGACUCAUCAUCAGAUCUCUCAUCCCAACCCCAAUUUAUUAUUACCCAUCUCAACGUGUCAAGAUUCUUCCUCCACAAUAAUGACAGUUAAUAAUAAUAGCAGUACCAAGCCUUCUUCUGCUUAUUGCUUGGUGGACAACACAGGACCGGUGGUAGUGCAGAUCUCAGCUCCUGUUAAUAAGCGAAGGAAAAGUCAGGCAAAGAAGUCGAUUUGUAUUCCAGCAGCAGCAGCACCAACCAGUAGACAAGGUGGAGAGGUAGUUCCCUCUGAUCUGUGGGCUUGGAGAAAAUACGGUCAAAAACCUAUUAAAGGUUCUCCAUAUCCAAGGGGUUACUAUAGAUGCAGCAGCACAAAGGGUUGCCCUGCAAGGAAACAAGUGGAGAGGAGCAGAACAGACCCAAACAUGUUGGUCAUUACUUACACUUCCGAACACAACCAUUCAUGGCCAACUCAAAGAAACGCUUUGGCUGGUUCAUCCCGAUCCAAUACUCAUCCACCAUCAUCGUCCACUAAGAACACAAUCACAACAACAAAGCCAGAAGAGCAACAACACAGCAACACUGACAGCAACACUGCGUUACUCGCAGUGAAGAAGGAAGACAUUCAUAAUAAUAACAAACUUGAGGACUUGUUUGCAGAAUUGGGACAAUUGGAACGUGAUUAUAUAUGCUGAUGAUCAUCAUCAUUAUUACGAGAGUGAGUGAUUACACCACCAGAUAGCACCUCAUUAUUUGAAGAUAGACCAAGAUAUAUAGGACCCUCGCAGGAGGUUAUAUUUCUGGAUUACGCUACGUGUAUACCAAAAUCAGCCACUAAAGCCAGUCACUAGUAUAAAAUACAUGCUGCAAUACAAAUAUAUUAUAAAAAUAAAUUAAACUACACAUGUAUUUAUACAAAAAUAUAUUGAUAACUAAUUUUAGUGGCUGAUUUUAAUGUACAAAUAGCAUUUCUCUUUAUAUAUAUAUAUAUAUGAUCAUAACCUAAAAUCAGCCACAACAUCUUCCUCAGGGUUAGUUACCUUAAUUAGUAAUUACUCUUCCACUAAAUUUCUGUAUUAGGAAAUAAUAUUACAUAACAAAUCACUACUAAAAGUUGUCAACGCU